AUGGGAGACAUCGUAUACUUUAGAGAAGGCACUCCGAGUGAAUUUUCUCUGCCAAUAAUACAGGCUCUGAUGAUUUUGCUUCGCGGAAUGGUUUUCCCUGCUCGAUCAGCAGAUUUGUCUCUGCUCUUUGGAAAGGCAAAGUCUACUCUCAGUGACAUAUUCCACGAAAUGAUAGAGAAGAUUUACUUUAAGUUCUACUCAGCUUUGAGGUUCGACUACUGUCAAUUCCGUGAAUCGAACCUGAUUCGCUUCAGCCGAGCCAUCAGAGAAAGAUCACCAGCAAUGAACUGUGUUGGGUUCAUUGAUGGAACAUUCAACAAGAUGGCUAGGUCUAUUGUUGACCAAGAUGGGGUAUAUAAUGGCCAUUCCAGAGGACAUGGUUUGAAGUACCAAGCAGUGGUAACACCUGAUGGUAUUACUUCAUCCAUCAUGGGGCCAGACAGUGGUAGAAACCAUGAUGUGCGCCUGUACCAUGAAGGUCAAUUGGAUGGCAUGAUGGGCGAAGCAUUUGACUUUUCAAGUAUAAAUGGCCCAUGCUAUUACUUGUAUGGUGAUUCGGCAUAUACCGAAUCAGACCAUAUGAUGAUCCCUUACAAAAGACAAACGGCUGAUGAGCAAGAAAUCGCCAUCAACAAAAGUAUGUCUGAUGUACGGAUUUCUGUAGAGCAUGAGUUUGCUCAUGUUGGAAAUUUGUGGGGUUUCUUAAAGUACUCACAGAUAUCAGAUAAUGUCGUUAAAUCUAAUCUCACCAGAAAAAUGGAGACAUUUAUAAGUUUCUAUAUUUGUCAGCCAGGAUCUGAGACAGGCCUAAAAUUUCAUUUUUUCAGAACCAGGAUUUUCUCAAACUUUGGGAAAUUUAUCCAACUUUCAAUUAUCCUUACUUGUUUUUGGGAGCAAUGGAUUAGACCUUUUAACGACACGAUCUACUAUAAUAUUUUUCUUUAA